UGUAAAGUGUAAAUCUAGCCACUUGCUAGUAUUAGUGACAUAUGAAAAUGGCUUCUCAUCUUCUGAUUGCUUCAAUCCUCGUGCUAGUUCUUCUAGAUAUCUGUCACGCCGGUGGUGGUGGUGGAGGAGGACACAAGAAAGUGAUCAUCCACGUCCCGUUCAAAGUGAAACACAUCCACCACACCCACACAGUUGUCAAACAUGUUGGACAUGAAGGAGGAGGUGGAGAUGAAGGCUACAAAGUCAUUGGAUACUCAGGAGGCAUUGACGAUGGUGAAGUAGUUGCACAUGAUAGUGGCCAUGGAGGUUAUGGAGGACACGGAGGAUGGGAAGGUGGCACUAUUGGAGGUGGUCAUGGAUAUGGAAUUGGACACUCAGUUUCAGAAGGUCAUGAAGGCGGAAUUGGAGGAGGCCAUGGUUAUGCUUUAGAAUCGCACGGUGGAUCUUUGGGUGGUCAUGGAGAAAGUUUACAUGAAGGCGGAGGUGCUGAUUAUGGUUCAUUGAGCCAAGGUCUAGGUGCUUACGGUGAUCACAAUUCUAUUUCCAGCGGACAUGAUUUCGGCGGAAGUUUAGGCGCCAGUGGCGGUGGAUAUGAGAGCAUAGGCAAUGAGGAAGGCCACCAUGGCUAUGAAUAA